AAUCGAAAAGACCAUUGAUCGGUACUAUAAAUAUGCAAAACAAGUGCACACUGGUAGGAUCGAUGUGCAACAAUAUAAGGAGCAAUUGAGAUACGAAUCAACAAACUUGGCUAAGAAGAUUGAGAUCCUUCAAAAUUUGCAACGGAAGCUUCAGGGGCAAGAUUUAGAUUCAUGUUCUCCUGAAGAGCUGAAUGACAUUGGCAGGCAGCUUGAGAUCGGUUUAAGAAAUAUUAAGGCAAGAAAGGCUCAUCUAUUCAAAGAGCAGAUAGAACAACUACAAGCAAAGAUGGAAAACUCCCUCCGUAUUUGUUCACAUCCAAUGGUGCAGAACAAACCUCCACUGG